GGGCCGUACUGUUAUACGAUGUUCAAAUUUCGAACAGCGCCUGUGUGGUUAAUUGCAUUAUUCACGUAAUGAUUAUCAGAGGCGCAGGAGAAAUCUGCUUUUACACUGGAGAAAGGAAGAGAAAAUGCAUCUGGCGCGACGCUAACUUCAUUAAGAAAUAAACCUAAUGGACUACAGAUGCCGGCCACCGUUGAAAGCCGCUACACUGGAAUCUAAGCAUCGCAGGAUACAAUAUAUGGUCAUCAAAAAUAGCCACAUAAAACAACAGAACAAAGAAACAAACCUGAUGAAACCUUUACGAUAUUCACUUUAAACCAAGCAAGAAACAGCGGGCUUUGGUUUUCACUGUCCAGUGUAUGGAGAUUGUUCGAGUUUGUUUUCCCUGUAAAGAUUAAUAUAACUUGCAAUUAUUUUAAAAGAUUGAUCAUUUAAAUUCAAACUUGAAAACUGGAAUUUCCAAAAUGGGAAAGGAGCGUCAGAGGGUUGGUGACGAUCUCUAGUUUGAAAAUCUUAUCAUUUUUUUUAAGUAUAAAUGUAUUUUUUUAAUAAGGAGUUGCAGAGCCAACCACUUUAACCGACUCUUCCAUGGGUCUCAAACGAGCUGCGUCCUUUGAGCUGGGGGAUCUGAACGUCGGUUUUUUUUAUUUUUGAUCCAAUUGUCUCCAUAUACCGUCUGCAUAUUCAUCACGUAGCCCUGCAAAAAAUGCAUGGGUACUGACACUGAAAAAGGAGAUCCUCGGCAUGUGAUAUUUUUACUGUACUUUUCUUUUUCCCUGCGAUUUGUCACAAACUGAGUAAAUCAGCGCCGGGUGCUGCUGUCAUUUGGGGGAAUCACGUGUUUGGGGUUCACCGAUGCACAGUGCCGGACGCUCCGAAAAAGAAGACCAAGACGGAUGAGAUCAGGAACAAUUCAGAUCUUUAUUAAGGCUGUUAAUGGAGAAGAGGUCGAAUGACAGCCGGGACAGUGGUCAUCACAGGCGGAAUUUUAGCGGCAGUAAUCUUAUUGUGCAUCAUAGCAGUGCUGUGUUACUGUAGGCUGCAGUAUUACUGCUGUAAGAAAGAAGAGUCUGAGGAGGAUGAGGAGGAGCCGGACUUUGCCAUGCACUCCCACCUCCCUCCUGUCCACUGCAACCAAAAUGUAGUUGCAGCAGCCAAUGGGCCAGCUGUUUUUACCCCACCCCUGGCCAGAAAACUCACUCGCUCCAAGACUUACUGCCCCAACUGCACACAAUACGAGCUGCCCUUCUACCUGCAGCACCCAGAGGAGCUACGCAACGGAGGAAACAGUGCCUGCUAUAGGACUGUCCAGCAGGAGGACCUGGACUUGCCGAUGGACCUGGCGGGCUUUCAUAAGCUCAGUGUGCCGCGCUCUGUCGCCAUGAAACAAGCUUUCUCUCGCAGUCGGAGCAUCAGUACAGAUGUGUGAAACAGCUGGGGAUUGAAAGGCACACUCGCACAUAUGUGUUAAUGAACUUUUCAAGUUUUCUAUGAUUUUUUUUUCCUGGCAUUAAAUCAAAGAAAAGUUUCAAGGGUACAGAUGAGUGAGGAUGAGGAACAAAAGGAGCUAUAUGAGUUCUGCUCCUCCAAGGUGAAAAAAUGUUUAAUUUUGUAAGCCUUAAGAAAGAUAGAAUAGAGUAGGUGUAGUGCCCAAUUGCCAUCUUACUGGCAUCAUGGGGAAAAUAACACUCACAACAAGCAGUUCAUAUUUCUGCCUCUCUGGUUUUCCCUUUUCGUUGCACAAAGAGAGUCUCAGGCGAUUUAAGGGCAUGGAGGAGGUUUAGGUAAUCUGGCAUCACCGGCUUCACCUUUCCAAGCUUACUAAGCCUUUUCCCUUUGGUGAGCUGUUUUUGUUCACCCUUCAGAAAUCAGCCAUGGCUACCAGCCCUCAUUCUAUCCUGCCAUAGGACAACUGGAAACACAGCAGCAGCCCGAUGUAUACUGGGAUUAGGGUGUACUGGGCAAGGCUUUACACAAAACACAAUCCAAAUUUAAUUUUUGUUUUUUCUGUUCACAUCCGAGAUUUCUUAACCACCCAGCCAUACUGCAUGGAUUCCCCUUAUCUGUGGAUCCCUCAGCUUUCUGGUAAAAAAUUUGGGUACGGCUUGAACUCUGGGUAUUAACAGUAACAAUGAAAGCCAAGAAUGUAUUCUUAUAUCUUCACUAUCUGAUAACUCUAAAGCAUAUGGCAGUGCUUCACUUCUUUAAGCAUUACUGUUCCAUGUUUUAAAGACUUGAGUAGUGCAUUACUGGCUUUUGUUUCUUUUUAUAAGAUAAAAGGGCAGAUGUUAAACUUGUGCAUUGUUUUCUUAUGGAUUUUGUGAACUUGUUCAAAAGUUUUCAGCUGUUUGGUACCGGGGCUUGAAAAGGCUUCAGAUUCAAUGUGGUGUCAUGUAAGCACACAUUAAUAUUGUACGAAAUUUUAGGUUUUGGGUUCAUUUUCUGUUUCAGUGAAAGCAGGUGGACCACAGCCAUAGGGCUAGUAAUUGAGUCAGGGGACUUGCGUAUUGAUUUUUAUUAUUUAAUUAUUCCUGUUUUUAAGUGGCUUUACCAAAUGACACAGUGAUACUUUUCAACAAUGUGUGUAAAUGGUAGAGGAAAUCCUCUCUCUUUUUUUGACUCUUCUUCUUCCCACUUGUUUUUUGCUUGCUGUUAUUUUAUAAUGAUGUUUGUGUUUUUGAACAAUUUCAAACCUUUAUAUUGCAGUUCCCCUGUUCUGUGCUACCAGUAAAUGCAGAGAUGUUCUUGAAAUUCAUUGAAUUUUAGACAACUGAAUGAACACUAUUGAUAAUAAAAUUGCAGAUAAAAGCAGUGAAAUGUUCUAAAA